AUGGCAAACGAUCAAAAAAAAGACGACGUCAAAAUUGUAAACGUUGAAUUCAAAGUCUCAAUGUACUGCAACGCGUGUGAAAGAACCGUUGCGAGAGUUAUUUCCAAGAUAAAAGGGGUUGAGACGUUUACAACGGACAUGAACAAGCAGAGAGUGACAGUGAAGGGGAGAAUUGAUGCAGAGAAAGUGUUGAAGAAACUGAGGAAGAAGACGGGGAAGAAAGUGGAAAUAGCAUUGAUGAUGUUUAGUGAUGAGAAUCCAAAUGCAGUAUGCUCUAUUAUGUAG